AUGACGGCGCGCGGGGCAGCAGCGCGCAGGGUAGCGGCGCGCGAAGCAGCACCGCGCGGGAUGUCGGCGUGCGGGGCAGCGGGGAGUGCGGGGCAACAGCGCGCGGGGCAGCAGCUCGUGCGGCAGCGGCGCGCGGGGCAUCAGCGCGCGGGGCAGCGGCGCGCAAACCAUAGGGUGGGAGAAUUGGAGGAGGGGGUAAAGACGGGCAACAGGAGGGGUAGAGAAGGUGGCUGGGCGGGAAACGACUGGGGCAACUACGGCCCGACUGCACGUGGGCGAUGGGGGAUCUCAAGCAGGGCGAAGAAGAGGGGUAGAUCGAUGAAGAGGCAGCGGCGGGGAUGGGGAGCUACGUCAACCCGGGUACAAUUGGGAAAGGAGAGGUCGACGCAGCGAGCGGUGGGAGGGGAAGCGAAGGCGAUGGGUGGGGGAAUGGGCGGGGGAAGCGAGGGCGAUGGGCAGGGGAAGCGAGGGCGAUGGGCGGGGAAGCGAGGGCGAUGGGCGGGGAAGCGAGGGCGAUGGGUGGGGGAAGCGAAGGCGAUGGGUGGGGGAAUGGGCGGGGGAAGCGAGGGCGAUGGGUGUGGGAAGCGAGGGCGAUGGGUGUGGGAAGCGAGGGCGAUGGGCUGGGGAAUGGGCGGGGGAAGCGAGGGCGAUGGGCAGGUGAAGCGAGGGCAAUGGGCGGGGAAGCGAGGGCAAUGGGCGGGGAAGCGAGGGAGAUGGGUGGGGGAAGCGAAGGCGAUGGGUGGGGGAAUCGGCGGGGGAAGCGAGGGCGAUGGGUGUGGGAAGUGA